UCGCCACAAGUCUAAACCCCAACUAUAAAAAAACAAAUCUAGGGUAACAUUUAUUCCAGUACGCAAGGUGCCUUAUCUGUGGGCAAGCGAAUGUUGCAGUGAUAAUGGCUGAGGUGGGAGGGUUUUCUCAUGAUCAAGCAGUGAGGCCGAGAGACAAUAUGCCCGGAUCUCCCAACUCUGGUAGCGAUGAAGGCGCCGAACAGAAUUUUCCUGAUGAUUUUGAUCCAUACCAUGGCGACCCUGACGAGCCAGAUGAAGUGGACAGUUCCCUAGCAGCGCCGCCUGAAGAAAGUUGGUAUCAUGGCCGCAUGGAUCGUGCUCAAUCUGAGAAUUGUCUCAGAACCUAUGGCAAGUUAGGUGCCUAUCUUGUGAGGGAGUCUGACAGACGACCUGGUUCCUAUGUUCUCUCUUACUAUGGCCGCUCAGGGAUAUCCCAUUUCAAAAUCACUGCUGUGUGUGGAGAUUUCUAUAUAGGUGGCAGGCAGUUCAGCGCACUCAGCGACUUGGUUGGAUACUACACAUGUCUCUCAGAUCUGCUCAAACGGGAGCGGCUGCUGUAUCCUGUACCUCCACCAGAACCGGUAUACAACCUUCGGAAAGUGGUUGCCAUUUUACCCUACACUAAGAUGGCUGACACUGAUGAACUUGGGUUCCAGAAAGGGGAUAUAUUUUUCGUACACAAUGAGCUGAGCGGCGGGUGGCUGUGGGUGACGGCGCAUAGAACAGGCGAGCAAGGCACCAUCUUUGCUGAUCUUGUUGAGAACCUCGACAUGGAUAUCGACCCAAAUGUUGUCUUCAGUUGGUUCCACUCAAAUAUUACCAAAAACGAAGCAAUCGACCUUCUAAUUAAAGCGGGACCCGGAAGUUUCUUGGUGCGUCCUAGUGACAACUCACCCGGGGACUACACUCUAUUCUUCCUAACCAACAACAUCAUCCAACGCUUCCGUAUAGAGAAGCGCGGCGUCAAGUACAGCAUGGGUGGGCGCUGCUUCAUGUGCCUUGACGCUGUCAUCAACAGAUAUAAGACUGAGCAAAUACUCGAGGGGCAUUGCCUUGGAGCCCCCGUUUGUAAAAGCUCAGGAGAUCGGACAGGUCUGCCUAUAAUUCCCGUGAAGGAAGUGGAGCAGCCUGAGAAAAUUUACGCAACUCUUAACGAGAUACGCGAGAAGCUUGGCGUUACGAAAUUCAAAGGCAUUCAGAAGCAAGGCUGGCUUUAUAAAAAGAGCAAGAAGAACAAAAAGUGGAAAUGCCUUUAUUUCGUACUUACAGAUAUACUUUACUUCUAUGAUAAUCCUAAGCGUACGAAACCCCGCGGUCUUAUUGACCUGAACUGCAGCUACAUGUAUCAAGUCCACGACAGCUUCUUCGAGAAGCCGCACUGCUUCCAACUCGUGGAGCGUGAGCUGCCGUGCCUCUCUACCGUCACCUACCUCUGCUCCGACUCUCAGGAGACAACGUGCGAUUGGAUGGCAGUGCUGCGGCCGCUGUGUUUGCCUCAAACCGUCAACGCCCCUAAGCUGCAGAACCUCAAGUUCAUGAAGAGCCUCCAGCUGACGGUUCUGCAGGCGGCCAGACUCCCCAGCAAGAUUGUACCUAUGCCUUACUGCCUCGUCUCCCUCAACCAGGUGAAGGUGUGCAGGACGAGGGCCAAGGCUGGGCCAGACCCGGUGUGGGAGGAGGAGUUUGUACUCGAUGACAUCCCUGAAGACGUUGUGCUCUUCACCAUCACCGUCUACAACGCCGGCAAGAGGAGUAAAGACUCCGAGGUUGCUGAAGUCAACAUAGAAUUGUCAACGCUACGUAACGGCGAGGAGGUUGAAGAGUGGCAUCCCCUGCGCGGCAUCACCCCCGUGGGCGAGUGGGGCGCCGUGCGACUACGCUACAGAUAUUUCCACGACCUGAUGAUGGCAAGCAGCGAGUACAACAGCUUACGGGAACUGCUGCUCGACCCCAACAUGGAGGCCGUCCUGGCCCUGGCCGACCUCUCGCACAGGGACCGCGCCCCUCUCGCCCAGGCCCUCCUCAGGAUAUUCAGAGGAGAGCGACGCGAGCAUGACCUGCUGCAGAAGCUAUGCGAGCACGAGAUCGAGCGUGAGGCAGAGACUAGUACGUUGUUCAGAGCCGCGUCUCUGACCACGGCCCUCAUGGACCUCUACAUGAAGGCAACCUGCACAGAGUUCCUGCAGUCCGCCAUCUCUGAAACAAUCCAACGCAUCCUCGAGAGCAAACAAAGUUGCGAGUUGAACCCGACGAAGAUGGACAGCCCCAUGGACGCGUGUGCUAAUGCCGAGUUCCUGUUGAUGAUCUUGGACGACAUCACACAGAGCAUCUUCUCUUCUGCUGCCGACUGCCCCAUGCCUUUGAGGUACAUCUGCUCGCGGCUACAACGGAAGGUCCUGGAGAAGUGGCCUAACGAGCGCCUAGUGAAGACCCGCGUCGUGUCAGGCUUCAUCUUCUUGCGGCUGCUCUGCCCUGCCAUCCUCAACCCCAGGCAGUUCGGGCUACUGCAAGAGCCACCGCCCCCAGCGGCCGCGCGUUCACUCAUCAUGAUCGCGAAGUGCCUGCAGAACCUGGCCAACCUCGUCGAGUUCGGCGGCAAGGAGCCCAACAUGGAGGUCGUCAAUCCCUUCAUCCUUAAGAACAAGGAGAGGAUGAUCUGCUUCCUGGACUCGCUUUCGAGCAUCACUGAGCGCCCCGAGAUCUGCGAGGUGCGCACUAAGGGCGACACGUCGCGGGACCUGGCGCAGCUGCAUCACAUCUGCGUCGGCCACCUGCAGCACCUGGCCUCCCGCGCCCGAUCUCAGCCCACACUGAAGAAGCUCGUGACGGUCACCGAGAUGCUUCAGAAGCACAAGGAACGUUACCAGGAGAUGAUGCAGAAUGCCAGCGUCCAGGAGAUGAUGCAGAAUGCCAGCAUCACCUAGCAUCACAACGGGGGCUUCUAGAGAACCAAAUGUUCACUUCAUAAGUGGCAACACUGAAAGUAUUACACUCCUCAUGUCGACUCUGAGGCUGCGCAUUCCAGCUUUCAACAAUUAUCGUUUUAAAGUUGUGUGUUUUCGUUGUUUGCUGCGAUUUAUUUAAUAGCAGAUUCUGUUGAUGAAAUGAAUUCUGAGUUUGGCUCUUCUAAAUAGCUUCAGAUAAUUGGAAGAUCGUCUGUUACGCCAGUCUAUUUAACUAACCGAAAUUUCACCAUUUCGGGAAAUCCAUCAUAAUAUUGUGAUAGCAGCAUCGUAUCUCAUAUUCAGUUGAAAGUUCAUAAACUUUAAGGUCCAGUUCGACAUUGCUUGCUAGAGUGAAACCAUAAUGUUUCACUCAACCAGUGAACGAAUACGUGAUAUAAUCGCGAGAUUUGGAACUUCCAUGUCAAUAUAUUUUCGUGCCAAUCUCUGCCCAAGCUUGAGACGAGCCUGCCAUUUGUUUUCGUAAGGGAAAUGUCUUGAACUCGCGUCAUUUUGUUCUUGUGAUUCGUUUAUCUUUCUUAUUUUAUUCAUGCUUGCGCUGUAAGGUCGUCACGCAAGACUGGUAAAAGACCUUAUCUGUAACAAGAGGUGAAAUGUUUGUGCUGCUUUAACUAGUCCCUUAUGAACCAGUAUUUGGGGAUCAUGACUUUGAGUUGUUCCUGGUUUUGUUUUUAUUAUGAGGGACUGAACUGUGCCAUCUGUUUAGAUUCUAUUCUUGGCUGAGUCAAUUCUUUCACCACAUGAUGUCUUAUGUGAUUAAACCAUGGCGUACGUCUUGAAUUUACAGACAAUACUGCAUUGAGUGGAGGGUUGGAAUUAUGUUUUGUUUCAGAUCUGAAAAUUUCUUGAAGAAAUGUAGUAAUUUGGCACGUUUUUGGUAUAAUUAUAGGUCGUCUGUUAGUUGAUAAAGAGGCACUUUGCUGCUCAUGCUGCCAUGUCGAUUUAAAACGUCGCUAUAUUGUGUCUGGUCUACUGGUGAUUCUGUUGAUGUUACGCUAAGAAUAAUAAUAACAAACUAAUGCUAGUAAUGAUACCAGUAAUUAGGUAUUCUAGUGGAUGUUCCAUGAUAAUAAUUAUUCUGGUAAUUACGUACCGUAUUUAACAUGUAUGAGUUUCUAAGCACCUAUUAUUUAAUACAGUGAUUUCCGUAAAGAGAUUAAAUAAUAUUUGAUUCUAAUUUUGACUUCACGCCCUCACUGGUGCAUUAUUUAAGACCAACGAGCGCUUAAGGGUGUCAAAGAAUCGUUUAUAUAUAUAUUCAUCGUCAUUUCUAGUGUGCGAAAGAUAUGAAUCAUAAUAGCUAAGUUCUGUCUGGAUAUUCUGGAGAGGAAUAACCUUGCCGUUCAGAAAUGUAAGUGGUCAGUAACAUGUUAUUGUUCUCGCUUGACGCUACAGCGAGCGUUGUGACAUCUAUGCUGUAAUAUUGAAUUGCGCCUCGCGUUUCGCAAGUCUUUUAAUCCUUAGUAGCUCAGACCUUAUCAUGCACAACAGUCUCUUUAAUUGAUGAAUUAUUAUGAAUUUGUCUAUGAUUUUUUAUUUUGUUUUUAUAUGUUCUUAAUUUCGGGGUUGACCCACUUAACUUUUUAAAAGGCCAGUAAUUUACCAUUAAAAUACUCGUAUGGAUACUUCAUUUUAAAAACCUUCAUUAUUUCAAAGUUGUUCAUUUGUCUUCCUUGUGAUUUUUUAUGACCUGUCAUUAUCGCCUUCUUUCAACCGACCUUUCAACACUUUUAUUUAUAACUGAGUGAAACGAUUAAAAAACUCAAUAAUUUAAUCACGGAUCUAACCAAAGUGUCAAGGUUUUCUACGGUGUACGAAAAUUUUUUUCUUUAUCAUUUCAAAUUAUUUUUUCAUGCCAUCUGGUAAUUGUCAAUCGUUUUAUUCCUUUUGCUGAAAUGGGCUGCAAUAGUUCUAAAUAUUUAUUCCAACACAGUCUUUGGAC